UAUGGAUAAAUAAACUAUAGAGAAUCAAAGUGGAUUUAAAUUUCCUUCGUGAAGAAUCCACGUCCCAUGGUUAUUUAAACUUUGAACGAUUUUUAGUGCUCUUCUGUAAAUAAGUGAAGAGUGGAAAAAAUGGGUGUUAAUGUCUUCAGGGUCAAACAUUUUGGUGUUAAAGCCCACUCUUUCUGAGGGAUCAAUUCACCUUCAGCCUUAAAUAAAAUUUAGUACAGAGUGGAUUUUCAUUUUUCACACGUUGAUGAGGAUGCUCAUAUUGACACUAAGGCGGUGUCAAUUUCCGCUCCAUUCAUUACUCAACUCCAAGCAUCUUUACUGUUAAACGACUUAUUUUCACUCAGUUUAAUCUGGACACUGAGUUGCGAUGGAAUGCUACUAAUUCCAGAAUAGGGAAGCACUUACGAAACUAUUCUGAAGUGAAAAUUAUUCGCUUGAUGAUCCGAAUGAAUGUAAUUUAAAAAUGAACAAGAUCCGUAAGCAUUCGAUCAGAGAGUUUAUCCUGAAGUGACUUUAAAUUCUUGAGAUUUAAAAAUUCCAUACACCUCUUAGUCAAAUUUCCAUUUUUUUCAGCAGUGCUCUAUAAAUAACUAUUUUAGGAAUUUAUAUGUCAUUUAAUUAACGCCCUAAAUUAUCCAACGAUCGCAAAUAGAAAUUCCAGUCACAAAGUCGAAUAUAAUUCAAUAUUGACACAUUAGCAAACAAUCGUUUUUAAAUGACUAAAUGACAAUGACCUCCUCUCCAUUCAAAUCUCCAAAAAUCCGAUAUUCGCGCCAUCUCGCAUCAUCUAUGAUGACUAAAGCCCUGAGUAUCGUAUUUCGCGGCUUCUUCGAACACCAAAACAGAGAUUCCUUAUAUUCUCUGACCAAAACAUUUGAGGACAAGCAAAACAAAUUUGUCCUCGGCCCUAUUAUCAUCGACAGAGCCCCAUUGAGUUCUAACCUGAUCUCUUCGUCGUUGACAAAUAAUUGUUCACACGGAACAAAGAUACAAGUACUUAGCCUCCACUUAUUCGACCCCACAUUUUCAGCAACGCAACCCACGAAACUCAAAGCAGGAAAAAUCGAUCAAUCGGUCAAGGCGAAAAUGGACACCUCAAAACUAAACUGUCGAUGCAUCGUCUGCGACGUUGAAACCAAGAGUCUCUGUGAAUUGCACAGUCACCAAUCGACAAAUCACAGCCCAGAGGAGCUCUCGCUCUCAAUCUUGACCCUUCAAAGUUUUCUCUAUCACAAGCACUACUUCCAGUCCCUGGACGCGAGCCCACCGUCCAACAUCUGCUACUUUUACCCUUUCUGCACCCAAUUAUUCUCCAGCAGAGGGAAAAGUAUUGAGGAAAACUUUAAGAUGUUCUGCCCAAGUGCCCCCAGAACAGCCGAUCUGUUGUCGAAGAAGACAUGCAGCAUUUCGGAAACCACUCUAGCCUCCCAGCAACCCUACGAGAUAAGUUCACCGAAGCAGACAGCCCUGAGACUGCCCCUAACAACUGCCACUCGUCCAACAAUCAUCAAAGCCUUGAAUUCACCAAGUAAACAAGCGAAUUUUCACCUCCCUGAUGCUACAUUAGGUCUCGUCAACUCUCACACGACCUUUGUUACCUCAGCUAAUGAACUGUGUAAUGAUCUGAUGAAGUUGAAGGGACACUCAGGUCAGUCUAAGAUAAAAUGUAAACGAUUGAACGAGAGAAAGGAACGGGAGAAAGGAUAUCCACGUCCUAUCAAGAGGAUGACGAAACCACCAAGAAAACCGAAGAUCGAUAAUCUCGAGAGGAAAAUGCCGACGAUUUUUCCCAAGUGUUCAGAGGUUGGGAAUUUAAACACGGAGACAUUGAAUAUUUGGCCAUCAAAGAGCGAGGAGAGUGCUUCACUCGAUUCUGAAAAUACUUUGACAGAAGUAAAUAUCCCUGAGAAAGUGCAAUCAAUUAAGAUUGAAUCACCAACGGUGCCGGUUGACAUCAUGAACUGUGAGAAUGCUCUGAUCUUUGAUGCCGAGACAGGCAGUUUCCAGUGGAAUCCACUGAUUUUUGUGGAGAAGAAGAGUGAGGAGAAUGAUAAUGCACCCAAACACGGUCAUGUACCUGAGUCAGCUCUGCCUGGUGAACCUACAGCUGGUCCUGAUAAUUGUUGAGUAACUUUUUAUUGAGUAGAUUUUACGAAAGUUGAUGAUUCUGUACCAGUAAUAGGUAUAACAUAAUAUUAUCUGUUUUUCUACUUUUUUGAUAAGUAUUGAAAGUAUUGGAUGGUGUACAGAAAAUCGCGCUGUGAUUCCAUGGGAAGAGAAUGAGGAAGUGGUUAUUUUGAUAAGAAUUUCGAAUUUUUCAUAUUAUUGCGGAAAUUUUCCUUAUUUUUUUUAUGGAUUCGUAUGCAGACUAUUGCUGAAAAUUUGUUGUUUUGAAAGGACAUAAAAUUUUCUUGAUAAUUGA